UGAAAGAUCGAUGUCAUCCACAGCAUGUCACAUUUUCCAUUGGUUGUUCUGUUCCGACUUGUUUUCCCACAUCCUGCUUUCAGAAUCACUGCGCUCAAUUUUUGCCUCCAUCAGAGUGAGGUUAAAUGAGAAAGGAUGCGAUGGGAGACAAACAAGGUGACACCACGUGAUCUCGCCAGCUGUUGCUGCAUGCUGUUGGGAGGAAGAGGGAAGCGGCAAGAGGAGGGAUGACAGCAUACUCAAGGAGAUAGACAUCAGCCACCAUGUUAAAGAAGGCUUUGAGAAAGCUGACCCGUCUCAGUUCCAGCUACUCAAGGUGCUUGGACAGGGAUCCUAUGGAAAGGUAUUUUUGGUGCGAAAGAUCAGAGGGGUGGACAGAGGACAACUGUAUGCAAUGAAAGUCCUGAAAAAAGCCACACUUAAAGUUCGAGACCGUGUGCGAUCCAAGAUGGAGAGAGACAUUUUGGCAGAGGUCAACCACCCAUUUAUAGUCAAACUGCACUACGCCUUCCAGACAGAAGGGAAGCUCUACCUAAUCCUAGACUUCCUCCGAGGGGGAGACCUUUUCACUCGUCUAUCAAAAGAGGUGAUGUUUACAGAAGAGGAUGUCAAGUUUUACCUUGCAGAAUUGGCUUUGGCAUUGGACCACUUGCACAGCUUGGGAAUCAUCUACAGGGACCUCAAACCUGAAAACAUUCUUCUGGAUGAAGAAGGACAUAUAAAGAUAACCGACUUUGGUUUGAGUAAGGAAGCAAUCGACCAUGACAAAAGAGCGUAUUCCUUCUGUGGAACCAUAGAGUAUAUGGCUCCAGAGGUGGUGAACAGGAGGGGGCAUACACAAAGCGCUGACUGGUGGUCAUUUGGGGUCUUAAUGUUUGAGAUGCUGACAGGAUCGUUGCCAUUCCAAGGAAAAGAUCGUAAAGAAACAAUGGCCCUUAUUCUAAAGGCCAAGUUGGGGAUGCCACAGUUCCUUAGUCCUGAGGUGCAGAGUUUAUUAAGAGCGCUCUUCAAGAGGAACCCUGCUAACCGUCUAGGUGCAGGACCCGAUGGGGUGGAUGAAAUCAAGAGUCAUUGUUUCUUCGCAUCGAUCAAGUGGAAUAAAUUGUACAGGAAAGAAAUUCGGCCACCAUUCAAACCAACCGUUGGAAGACCCGAGGACACUUUUCACUUUGACCCGGAGUUCACCUCCAGAACACCCACUGACUCUCCUGGCAUCCCACCCAGUGCAAACACACACCAGCUGUUCCGUGGUUUCAGUUUUGUUGCCACCAAUCAAAGUCAAGAACCAAGUGUGGCCAACGUUCUGCCUGCCCGCCAGGAGGGCAACACCAUUAAUCCGAUUGCAAAGCAUCUCCGAGGUGACGUGGCCUUCAGUGACAUUUACGAGUUGAAGGAGGAAUUAAGCCAGGCAACCAACUCAGUCUACAAGAGAUGUCUUCAUAGAGUGACUGCUGUGGAAUAUUCAGUGAAGAUUAUUGAUAGAGGAAGGAAAGAUCCAUCAGAAGAGAUUGAGAUUCUUCUAAGAUAUGGACAGCAUCCCAAUAUCAACACGUUGAAGGACGUGUUUGAUGAUGGCCAACGUGUGUACCUGGUUCAGAAUUUGUUGAGAGGAGGUGAGCUGCUUGACAGAGUUUUGACCGUGCCAAAUUUCAUAGAGAAAGAUGCAUCCGACAUCAUCUGCACACUGACCAAGACUGUGGAGUAUUUACAUUCCCAGGGGGUUGUGCAUAGGGAUCUGAAACCCAGCAACAUUUGCUACUGUGAUGACAGAGGACUCCCAGAAUGCAUCAGGAUAUGCGAUUUUGGUUUUGCCAAACAGCUGCGAGCUGAAAAUGGCUUACUGAUGACCCCAUGUUACACAGCAACGUUCAUGGCACCGGAGGUUUUAAAGAAGCAGGGUUAUGAUGCUGCUUGUGACAUUUGGAGCUUGGGAAUCUUGCUGUACACCAUGAUUGCUGGUUUCAGUCCAUUUGCCAGCAGCCCUGAAGACUCAGCAGAGGAAAUUCUUGCUCAAAUUGGUUGUGGUAAAUUCAUCAUCAGCGGAGGUAACUGGGACUUGGUGUCAGACGCUGCCAAGGAUAUUGUGACUAAGAUGCUCCAUGUUGACCCCCAUCAACGCCUGACUGCCCCUCAGGUCCUUCGCCAUCCUUGGAUUGUGGGGAGAGACCAGCUCUCUGAUAAAGUCCUCAAAAGACAGGAUAUGCUCACUGUUAAGGGCGCGCUGUCCGCCACCUAUUCAGCCUUGAGGCGUUGUACUCCAGCUCCGGUCCUAGAACCUGUUCAGUCCUCCAGCUUGGCUCAGCGGAGAGAAAUGAAGAAAGUUGGGAGUACAGUCAUUAAUUCAGACCUUAAAGAAAAGGGGUAGAUAAGGCAGUAUAAUGUGAUUUAUAAAUAAUUCCCUAAGAAUAACUCUUUCAUGCUUGCCUCUGGAAUUAGAUGUCUAAAAUUCUGGUUCCAAAUACUAUAGUCGCAGUGGCCUUUGUCAAAUGUGCCGGUUUGCUCACAGUUGCCAUUUUAAAAGAGGACACACACUGGGCUCUUCAUAAGGCACAAAUGCAUGCAAAUGCAAAUGCACUGCGCUGCAUACAAAGAGAUGUUUCAAAUAUUUUGGAUACUUUUCAGCUUCAGUAUGCUGUAUGAGUGAGGGAAUGAUGUAGAACAUCUUGUACUUCAUAUGUGUCCAGUGAAAGUAUAUUUCUAAUAAUUAAAACCAAAUGACAUUGGACAAAUCAUGCUUUAAUAACAUUGACAAACCAGUGUUAAAAUACAUAUUUCCAAGGAAAUCUCUUCAAUGUGAAUGUUUUACUAUUGGUUGGUCUUGUAUGGCUCAGUAUUCAAACGUGUAGUGAGCUGCAGCUUAAUCACCAUCCAUUUGGUUCAGUAGCUGACCUGAUCUGAUAGGCAAAUCAAUAAAAGUAGCCACUCAGCAUUUCAUGCUUACUUACUUCAAUCCACACUCUUUGCUUUGUUAAAUGUAUAUAUUUCAAAGUGAACUGAGUUAACGUCACCAGUGCAGUAACAAGAAGCUCAAAUCCUUUGAUGGUGUAUUUGUGGUUGUCCUCCUUAGCUGCAGCUUAGGACCCCUACAGUCCAAAACAAAAAGUAGUCACUCCUGUCUUAUGGACCAUGUAGCUGUGAAGGUAUUACAUUCAUCCAACUGGUGUCGUGUUGCUUUAUGACAUUGUUACUCGGCUUACAAGUAGUCAGCAUGGCUCGACAGCGAGCACCACAUUCAUAGCAAACCUUUUUAGAAUGAACCAACCUGAAAUUAUUCUGUGUGAUCAACGAUUGCUGCCAUUUAAGCUUCUGUUUGCUUGUAGCUUUGAAAGCCAAAUAAAUGAGUGUCCAACAUUUCUAUAUAAGAUGCUAAUUGCACGAGGCAAAAUUGAAGCUGUUUUUGCAAAUGAGUAGCACCCUUUGCUGUGCAGUGAAAUGUAGUUCAACAUUCACACAAUAAUCAUCUCUUAUAAAUACAAUCGUAGCGAUACGUCAAUGCUGUUGUAGUCACAUUUUCAUUAUACAUCCGUCAGACAUAGUCGUAGGUACACCAGUGCAAUCUAAUGAUAUCUCACCGACCCCAAAAGGCGGACUAAAAAUGUUUAUGGUGGAAAAAUAUGAUGAAUAAAAAUAUUUAUAUAUUUUUGGAUUGGAUGCCGUUAGAUUGUGCCAGUUAGUGAAUACAAGAAUCUGAAUGAAACAAUUUGCACUGCACAGUUGAGUCAGGUAGCAUAAAGCUGGUUACGACUGAUAUGUUUUAUCAGUCAAAACAUGUUUGAGGUAAUGCUGUAAAUAUUGUUCAUUUAUUUAGGCUGCACAUAUGGUUGCACUAAAUCACCUGGACGGGGUUCAGUUGUGUAUAAUGAAUGAUGUAUAGUGAGGAGCAAGCAUUGAGACUGUAAAUAUUGUGCGGGCAGAGUGUACAUAUUGUAUCAUUCAUCCGUUUAUGGGUGUAGAUACCUGGCUAAUCAUCUAAAUGGUUGGUUAACAUGCCAAAGUUUUACAAAUAAAAAAUAUGAUUGCAAAUAGUA